CCUUCGGAGGACCCGUCGCUCGGACGCGGAGACGCCGCUCUUCUCUCGCGCGCGGCGGGCUGAGAUGGCGGCGCCCAGGAAGGCGGAAAGCUCCUGAGGGGACGGCGGGGAUUUGAAGCCUUAACGGCGAAGCGGCACGUCGGUACAUUUAUAUAACUUUUUUAAAAAAAAUUCUAGUCCUCAAAAGGGACAAUGCUGAGGAGUUUGAGAAAACUCAUCCCUCGGGGAUGCAAGCUGGAACAGGAUGGCUUUCUCUACCCCAGGACCUGGCAGAGGACAAUGGCAACCCAGGACGCCCAGCUUCAACCAGAAAAGCUCAGAGCUGCCUUCCUUACCAGUGAGAAUGACCCAGCCAAACAUGGCGAAGAGCAUGUAGGUCACUAUUACAGCAUCUCUCCUGAGGAGGUGAAGGAGAUCUUCCCCCACGGGCUGCCAUCCCGCUUCAAGAUGCAGAUGAAAACCUUCAACGAAGCUUGCGUCAUGAUUCGACAGCCAGCUGUAGAACUCAUUACCUACUUGAAGCACACCAACUUGGCUCACCCAGCCGUCCGAUACCUCAUCUAUGGAGAGAAGAGUACGGGGAAAACCAUGGUGCUCUGUCACGCCGUCCAUUACUGUGCAAGGCAGAACUGGGUCAUCGUUCACAUUCCAGACACUCACCUCUGGGUGAAGAAUUGUAAAGAACUGCUGCCAUCUUCCUACAAUAACGAGCGGUUCGACCAGCCUAUGGAAGCCGCAAACUGGCUGAAGAAUUUCAGAAUCACCAACGGACGGAUCUUGACCCAGAUCAAAACACAACAGAAGUACACAUGGGGCAAGCAAGAUGUCACAGAAGAAGGCUGUCCCCUGAUAGACUUGACUGAGAAGGGCUUGGCUUGGGUGAAAUAUGCCAGCGAUACCGUCGGGGUGAUCUUGAAAGAGCUGAAGCGGCAGUGUGGCCAGGGAUCUUUCCGAAUGCUUGUGGCUGUGGACGGAAUCAACUCUCUCUGGGGAAGGACGGCGUUUGGAAAACCCAGGCAGAACGUCUCUGUGGAGGAGCUGACGCUGAUCCGCCAUCUAAGGAAGAUGGUGGCCAAUGAUUGGACAGGCGGGGCCAUCGUGGCCACUCUCAGCCAAACAGGAUCACCCUUCACGCCCCGCCGACUUUAUUUGCCCCAUGAAUUGCUGGGACAGAAAGGUUUCGCCGCCCUGGAUCCUUUUGUUCCUAUCCAGGUUUCCAACUACACAGAUCGGGAGUUUGCGAGCUGUUACCAAUACUAUCUGGAACGCAAGUGGCUGCAACAUGAAAAAUCCAGCACCAACGAGGGUCGGAUGGAACUUUGCUUUCUCACUGGACGCAACCCUGGAGAGUUCGAUCGAAUCAGCUCCUUCCUGUAGCAGGGCGUCCCCCGCCAGCACACCGAUCUCACGGCUCGUGAAAUCCCCUCCUAAUAAAAGUUUUAAAAGCUUC